AUGACUGAGCCGUCUUACCCCUACACGGCUGCCGAUGCCGCCCUACUCCAAGAAGCAGCUGAUACAUCUCUGCUUUCUUACGGCCCUUCUUUCCAUAAUGAGAUAAUAGCGCGAGCCGAAGGUGUCUUUAUUUACACCGUCUCCGGCCGUCGCAUUUUGGACUGGACCUCGGGCCAAAUGUCGUGCCUGGUCGGUCACGGCAACCCAGAAGUCGUCAGCGUCAUCCAUGAGCAUGCCCGGAACCUCGACCACCUCUUCAGCGGCAUGCUCUCGCCACCCGUCAUCAACCUAGCCGCCGAGCUGAAAAAGCUCCUACCAAAGGGGCUGGAACGCAGCAUGUUCCUGUCGACCGGCGGAGAGAGCAACGAGGCCGCCAUCAGGAUGGCCAAGUGCGUUACCGGCAAGUGGGAGAUCGUCGGGCUAAGCGCGAGUUGGCACGGCAUGACUGGCGGCGCGGCCGGCGCACAGUACCACUCCGGACGACGAGGCAUCGGGCCCAUGAUCCCCGGCAACCUCAUGCUCCCGGCCCCCAACGCCUACCGCUCCAUCUUUCGCCACGCCGACGGCUCCUACGACUGGCAGACGGAGCUGGACCACGGCUGGGCCAUGGUGGACGCCGCCUCCUCGGGCUCCCUGGCCGCCGUCAUCCUCGAGCCCAUCCUCUCCAGUGCCGGCAUGCACGCCCUGCCCGACGGCUACCUCGCCGCCAUGAGGGCGCACUGCGAUCGCCGCGGCAUGCUCCUCAUCCUCGACGAGGCUCAGACCGCCAUCGGUCGCGCCGGCGACAUGUUUGCGUUCCAGCACCCGUCCAACACCGGCGUCGUCCCGGACAUCCUAACGCUGAGCAAGACGCUCGGCAACGGGCUGCCGCUCAGCGCCGUCGUGACCAGCGACGCCAUCGCGGCGCGCGCUAGAGAAAACGGCUUCUUGUUCUUCACCACGCACGUCAACGACCCGCUGCCCGCCGCCGUCGGCCUCAAGGUCCUGCAGAUGGUGCAGAGGGACGGCCUGGUGGAGAGGUCGCGGCGGCUGGGCGAGAGGCUGCACGCCGGGCUCGGGAGGCUGCAGGAGCGGUACGGGUGCGUCGGUGACGUUCGUGGGAGGGGUCUGAUGGCAGGCGUCGAGAUUGUUGCCGACCGCGAGACCAAGGAGCCCGGGAUGGAACUCGCAGACAGGCUGGCCAAGAAGAUGAUGGACCUGGGGGUGUCUGCCAAUUUGGCUACUUUGGCGUCGUUUGGCGGCGCCUUCCGCAUCGCGCCGCCCAUUACUAUAUCUGAGGAGGAGUUGGAUCUUGGCUUGGGAUUUAUGGAGGAGGCGUUGAGGUCUACGGAAGGGUCGAUGCCGACUGGGAAGUGA